CAAGGGCCGAGUGGACCUAAUCGAAGGUCACUACCUCGGUAGGAUGCUCAGGCAACGACCGAGCGAACCUAACCGAAGGUCACUACAUUGGUAAGGAUGCUCAGGCAUAGGCCGAGUAGACCUAACCGAAGGUCACUACCUCGGUAAGGGGCUCAGGCGAAGGCUGAGUGGACCUGACCGAAGGUCUCUACUUUGGUUGGUGUCUCAAGCCAGAACCGAACAUGACCAACCGAGAUCCAUGUUUUCGGGAUGAACGCCAAAACCAAAGACCGAAGGGGCACUCAAGAUAAAUUAAACGGUUACUCCCACUGGAAAAGCCUCCUAGUGGAAGUAAGGGGGCUGCUGAUACGGCAGGAUUUGUCACCGAAUAAAGCAGGGACACAUGGCAACCGAGGGAGGGACGCGUGUCACCCAUCCGAUAAAGGCCGUAAGGCUCAAAACCACAUGAAGGGAAGAUUCCCGAAGGGGCAAGGCUCUGACCACGUGAGGGGAAGGUUCCCAAAGGGGCAAAGCUCCAACCACGUGAGGGGAAGGUUCCCGAAGGGGCAAGGCACCAACCACGUGAAGGGAAGGUUCCCGAAGGGGCAAGACUCCCAACCACGUGAAGGGAAGGUUCCAGAAGAGGCAAAGCUCCUAACCACGUGAGGGGAAGAUUCCCGAAGGGGAUUUUUCGAAAUCCUAGGCCCAGCAACCCUAUAAGAGGAAACCGAAAAAGGACACUAGGAGGUACGCCGACAUCCAUCAUUACUUCUGUGAAUACACUGUUCUAUCGAUCACUAACUUAGGCCAAUUAUUAUUAUUAUUAUUGGGUAAAUUCUUAUAGGCCAGUUUAUUUAGGAGAAUUUUGAUUGAACAGGAUUUAAGGGAUGGGAAGAUUAUACUUAUUUUUCCCAAAACCAUCCUAAAGUCAACAGUCAUAUGUUUGUUUCAAAAAACACAGGCCCAACCACGCCGACACAACUUCAGAUCCAAAAUAUAGGCCCCACUCGGACCUACCCUACUAAAUCACCCAUAAUUUUCAAACUUGUGACACUCUUUCCCAUAUCUGUCCAUAAAGUUCCAAAAAAGCAACAGAAAAGCAAAGAAUCUCUCACCUUUACCUUCCUCUCUCCUUCUCAGAAGAACAAUCCAGAGCCCCUUUCUUCUUCCCCUUCCCCUUCUCUUUUCUUGUUGGGUAAAAAUCACAGCGCAAACAAACAUCAACAGCUGCAGAAGAAGAUCAAAUCAUGGAAGAUUCUGAGACAUACUCAAAAACAUACAGAACCACAACAUCCAGAACCUCAACAACAACGUCUUACUCCUCAACAAGCGUCCAUGUCACAGCUCUAGAUGGCCUUGUAAACGUGAACUCACUCUUCACCAUAGCAGUCUUCGUGGGUUUAUCACUAACCACACCAGGCCAACGAAGCCUUGAAAACAAAGGAGCGUGUGAUGCAGGCCUUGACGUUGCAAGAAAACUCUUAGCCUUCGAAGUUGUCUCCUUCAGUUUCUUUCUCUUCUCAAGCCUGGUGGCUCAGGGAUUGAAGUUAGCCCUUAAUCUUCUUAACAGUAAAGAUGUGGAUGAUGCAUUUAGGGCUCAUAUAAAUCUGAAGGUUCUGAGAUUUGGAAUGUUGGGAUCUGCUUUUGGGUCUGUGAUGGGUUGUGUGUUCUUGGUGUUAUCAAUGGUGAGUGUGAUUCAGAUCAGAUUGGGAUUGCUUUCUUGUGGUAGUAAGUAUGCUGUUGAUUCAGUAGCUGUGCUUGUUACACUGGUAUCUACUGCUCUCUUGGUGUAUAUUUCUACAGCUGUUUAUGCUUUCACACACUAGUGAAUUUACUGAAAGCACCCCCUACACUUUAGUGAAAUACUGAAAUCUGUAUUGUAUUAUCAAAUUUCGGUUUAGAUUUUUGAAGACCUAAUUAUGUUUUGUAUUCAUAGGUUUUUAGUUAGAUUUAUUAAAAGGAUUGUAUUUUGUUUUUAUUA